GCAACAUCAGUGGCUCUGAAUUCAUGACAUGGCAACAAAAAUCAUCUUCUUCACAGUGAAUGGGAGACCGGAGCAGGCUGAGUUCCCAGUGGAUUGCCCUGCCCAGGAUGUCAAAGAUCUGUUCCGCUCUGCAGCCGAGGCAGGACCUCAUGACAUCCUGAAGUUGUACAAUCCUAAAGGCAACAUCAUCAACAUCUCCCCAAGCCUGGACCCCAACAGCCCAGACUCCUGCUACAAGCUGGAGGUGGUGGCUGCCGACUGCAACAGUGAGCCGUUAGGUGCAGAGCUUGCUGGUGCACUAGGAUUUGACCUCUCCUCCAUGGAGAAAAGACUGCAGGGCCUGGAGAAGAAAAUUGUGAUCGAGGCCGGUGAGACGCCUGCAGUAGUGUAUGAGAUGAAGAAACAGGUGGAUUCAUUCCGGGAGAAACUAGAGAGUGUGGAGCAUCUGAGCUGGCUGGGAUUGUUUAAAGACCUGUCAGAGGGAACACACAAGCCCUCCCCAUUCUACCACAAGAGAACCCUGCAUAAAACCAGGAAGGAGUGUGAGCAUGUACGGGAAAAGUUCCUUCAGAUGAGCUCCCUGGAGGUGUCAGAAGAAGUAAAACAGUACUUAAAGACCCCAACCUUUGAUAACUGGCAGUGGGAGGAUGCAGAGAUCAUGGUGCUCCUGCAAGUCAUGUACACAGACUUAGAUUUCAUAGCAGCUUUCAACAUUGAGCCCGAAGUACUGCAACAGUUCCUGUUUGAGGUCUAUCGAAGAUACAACAACAUCCCUUUCCACAACUUCAAGCACUGUUUCUGUGUUACCCAGAUGAUGUAUGGUUUGAUCUGGCUGACUGACCUGAAGAGUAAGAUGGACAGCGUCGACCUGCUGAUCAUGCUGACCUCUGCAGUCUGCCACGACCUUGACCACACAGGAUACAACAAUGCCUAUCAGAUAAAUGCUCGGACUGAACUUGCUCUCCGCUACAAUGACAUCUCUCCACUGGAGAACCAUCACUGUGCAGUAGCUUUUGAGAUACUGGAGAAGACAGAGAGCAACAUAUUCAGGAAUUUGUCCAUGGAUCAGUACAAACGGAUAAGGGAAGGGAUCAUCAAAUGCAUCCUAGCCACUGACAUGACGAGGCAUAAUGAGAUUCUCAACAAGUUCAAGUCCAUCCUGCCAGCUUUUGACUUCACCAACAAGGACCACAGAGAUGUGCUGAUGAUGAUUCUGAUCAAAGUGAGUGACAUAUCCAAUGAGGCGCGGCCCAUGGAGGUAGCUGAGCCCUGGUUGGACUGUCUUCUACAGGAAUUCUACAACCAGAGUGAUGUGGAGAAGUUAGAGGGUCUUCCAGUCACCCCCUUCAUGGAUCGGGACAAAGUGACCAAGCCUUCAUCUCAAACAGGCUUCAUCAGAUUCGUCCUUUUGCCUCUCUUCAUCGAGCUGGCCAACCUCUUCCCCUGCUUGGAGCAACACAUUAUCAACCCGGUACGGAAGGCUCUCGAUUACUACACAGAGAUGGAGAAAGCGCUGGAGAGGGAGCAACAGAACCGUGCUCAGAGUGAGAAUGCAGCCAGGAAUAAGGAGCUGACUGUGGGCACACAGAGCACAGCUGACAGCCACACAGAUGCUGGGCCCGAAGCCUCGAAACCAGACGCGCUCUGAACUAUGGUGGACAGCACACUUAGUGCCAGUGUGAUUUCAGAUUGAUUCAAAUGUAUUCUAACCAUCUAAAUUAGUCAAAUGAGUAAUGAAUAAUUACACAAUUCACAUCCAAAUGAACUGACAGGGCAAGUUUCACAUUCCUGGCAGACCCAGAAUCAGUAACCUGCACAGAGCUGGUAAUACACUUUGGUGCCCAGUCGAGUAAGACAACGAUUCACCUGAGCUGUGUAGAGGAGACCGCCAUUCCAACUUAACAUUAUCUUAAAUCAUUUAGUGCUUCAUAGCCUCAAAAAGCCUCCAGACAGACAGAGUUACAUAAGCCUGAUCCCUUGCCCAUGAAGUCCAACGGAGCUGUAGUCUUAUUGAAUAAUCUGUGUUCUUACUUAAAAAAAAUAUUCAGAGAGUUUGACUGCAGGAACAAAAAAACAAACAAACAAAAACAUAAGGGCUAUUGGCAGAUUGAAGUGGAGACAGUUUUAAUUAUUCAUGUUUAGAUUGAUCACAUUGCAUUAUAGAAUUAUUGUUUAAACCAUUAAAAUAUUAAUAUAAUUAUCAUACUUUCAAAUAAAUAUAUAUAUAUAUAUUUAGAGCCUUUGCGUUUAGAGCUCUUACACCUUGGAAUGACCUGCCUGAGGAAAUCAGGGUGGCAAUUUUCUUGUCUUUUAAAUCACUUGUAAACCCCACUUUUCAAAGAAUUGCAUUUCUGUGAUUUAAUCUGUUUCAUGACAAUUUAUUCUGUUUUGCCCUUUGUGUUUUCUUAUGUUGAGUU